AUGUCCGCCCUGGAGCGUGUCCGAGCGGGCGGCCGGAGCCUGGAUCGCCGCCUGGACGCCGUCUCCGGCCAGGCCCUGCUGGCCGGACUGCGGGCGGCCGGAGCCGUGUCCGAGCCCGAGGUGGCCGCGCUCGGACCGCCGGACAGCUCGGGCUGGACGCGGCGACUCCGCGCUCUGGCCGCGGCCAAAGGCGACCGGACGUGCCGCGUCCUGCUGACCGUCCUGGAGGGGCUGGAGGGGCCACCCCGGCCGGGGCCCUUCGAUUUUUACAACCCCGAGCGCGACGCGGUGGCCGGACACCGCUCGGACUGUCCGUGCUGCCGGCCGGAGCCCGAGUGGACGCGCGAGGAAGAGGAGGAACCCAAAACUGGGGAUGAAGAACCCAAAACUGGGGAUGAAGAACCCAAAAUUGGGGAUGAAGAACCCAAAAAUGGGGAUGAAGAACCCAAAAUUGGGGAUGAAGAACCCAAAAUUUGGGAUGAAGGCCAUGAGGAUGAUGAAGAACCCAAAAUUGGUGAUGAAGGCCACGAGGAUGAUGAAGAACCCAAAAUUGGUGAUGAAGAACCCAAAAUUGGUGAUGAAGGCCACGAGGAUGAUGAAGAACCCAAAAUUGGUGAUGAAGGCCACGAGGAUGAGGAUGAAGAACCCAAAAUUGGUGAUGAAGGCCACGAGGAUGAUGAUGAAGAACCCAAAAAUGAAGAUGAAGGCCACGAGGAUGAGGAGGAUGGAGGGGAUGAAGAUUAAGGGGUGGGGCUGAGGAGGAGGAGGGAAAAAAAGAAGGGGAUGAAGGUGAUGAAGAUGAGGAGGAAU